AUGCCUUUAAUUUACAAUAAUCUUAUUCCUGAAGUUCUCAUUCCUGGAGUUCACAUGAGCCUAACCAUCGGCAAACUGCUUUUCCUCUCCUGCGCACUAUCACCUGGGCACAAGAGAAAGGGGGUUGAGGCCAUUCAAGUCUGGCUCUCGGGCUUGUCCUCUACUCGCUUACCCCCUGUAGCGCUAACCCUCAAACAGUUCAUGAGAAGGCAACAAGUCCUCCUCCUAUACAGAAAGAUUUUACAAGCAAUUAGCCAGGUACCAAAUGAAUAUGACUGCAAGUAUCUACAGAACUGGGCAAGGGAAGAAUUCCAAAGAAAUAAAAGUGCCACAGAAGAGGAUACAAUCCAAAUGAUGAUUACUCAAGGAAAUCUGCAACUGAAAGAAUUGGAGAAAACAUUAAACUUAGCAAAAGCAUAA